AUGUCUUCUUCAAAAGUUUCUUGCUGUAUCCGUGGCUGUUCCAAUAUGCCAUAUAAAAAUAAAAACCAAAAUACAAGUGUUAAAUUUUAUCGUUUCCCUGCAAGUACUCUGAACUCAGCGAAAUAUCCAAAUGAUUGGGAACCAACUCAAAAUACUCGGAUUUGUAGUGCUCAUUUUGUUAAUAAUCAAAAGUCAGAACAUCCUCGGCAUCCUUCAUACAUACCAACAAUUUUUCCUGGUAAAGUAAAUAUCAUAAAAUCUACUCAAGUAUUUGAACGUUUCGAACGAUUACGACAACGAAAUUUACAAAGUGAAAUGAAUAUCAUUAAUAAUAAAAUUAAUAAUACUAGUAAUAAUAAUAUAAGUGAAAUUGAAAUUCAAGAUGAUAAUAAUUGGGUAGAUGCUGAAACACAAAGUGUAGAAGAUCAUUGUGUAUUUGAUAGUACUCCACAAAAAACAACUCGUAGCAUUACAUGUCAAACUGAUGAAAUUGUUGAUGAAAGUGUUUUAGGUGAACAUAAAUAUUUUUUUUGCAACAUAAAUUCCUGUGAUGGUGUAUCUACUGCAGAAGUACAAGUAAACAUUCCAAUUAAAAGGACAGCUGAAAAAAUUUGUGAUGUUAAUCUGCCGCCUUUACGAAAGAACGUUGAAGAUGUUGGGUGUGAUCCAAUUACUUCAGAUUCUAUUAAAUCUGAUUGUAAAGGUUUUCAUGGAAUUACUUCUAUUCAUGAUGACCGAUCCUUAAGCAGUUUAACCGGUACUGGUCUGACAUUUACAGCACUAGGAGUACUAUUCAACAUCCACAAAACUUCAGCACAAAAAAUAUUUAUCAGUAACUUACAACAACUCAAUAUCUUAUUGAAAAAUUUUAUAGUUUGGCCUUCGAGAGCUACUAUACAAGCAACUCUACCAGAAGCUUUCAAAAAAAAUUACCCUGCAACACGC